CUCACUUUCCACCAGUACAAGCCGAGUAGUCCGACAGGUCCUCACCAGCGAUCUGCUGCUGGUCUUUGAUUUCUCGCAAGCCUGCACGUCUUAAUCCCCAGAAAAGACUCCACAAUGUCGACCGUGACCCGUGCCUCCCUGGACCAGAGGCUCGCCAUGGCCAAGCGCUGCUCCAGAGAGGCGACGCUCGCCGGAGCCAAGGCGGCGGCCGUCGCCACCGUCGCGUCCGCAGUCCCAACGCUGGUGAGCGUGCGGAUGCUGCCGUGGGCCAAGGCGAACCUGAACCCGACGGGCCAGGCGCUCAUCAUCUGCACGGCGGCCGGGAUGGCCUACUUCGUCGCCGCCGACAAGAAGAUCCUCUCUCUGGCGCAGCGCCACUCGUUCGAGCGGGCGCCCGAGCACCUCAGGAACACGUCCUACCAGGGCGCCGCCCGCCCGCACCCGGCCUUCUUCAGGCCCUGAUCGUCGUCGUUCGGUCCAACUUCGAGCAACCUCGUGGUCGCUACUGCUGUGCCCUCGAAGACCAGGCUCAGUGUUCUCAGGGAAACUGUAAUAGUGCUUGGGUCACUGUGAUGUAACUACCUUGUAUCAUUGAUGCUACCUCCAAAUAACAAGCAUACUGAACUACUGAAGUAUUGCAUUUCGUCUGUUCAGAACCCUGAA